UCAGCCCGCCAGGAGUUGCCUGCCUUGUAUAGCGCGCACGUGCGCCUGUGACGUCACGCAGCGCGCACAGAUAGGAUCCGCGAUAGCGUCACGACAAACCUCCUUCAAGGAAAAAACAAGGACAUGGAUUAUUGGUGAGAUUGUGUGCAACGGGAGCCACAAGAAGAUAACUCACCUGACUACUGAUGUCCACCAUCUGACGCAAAGAACAGUUCGUGACCCGAAGACUGAAACGGUGGUUGUGUGUUUUGUUGGUUUUUUUUUCAAUAACGGGUCUUCGUCUGCAGCUCAGUGCACCUCCUCCAUCUACCGCACCCCUUGUCUCUGGUACCUUCCUACAGCCAGCCACCGACACACACCGCACUACUACAUCACUAGUCUGCUUAAGAGGGGCCGUGAGCCACCCAGACAGACCUGCACUGCUACUCCACUAGUCUGCCCUGGAAUGAGAAGCAGCCUCGACGUCGCUUCAAGGUGUUGGAAAGGACUUGUAAAGCGUCAGACCUCGGUCCACCGUGCACCUGAUGUGUUUUACAACAGUCCACCAUACACUCCGGGACAGGUUUACCGCAGACCACACGUAACUUCCAACUCUCAUACACCUUGUGACUUGCCUAGGUACCCACGUCCACUGCAACUUUAGUGAAGUUUUUCCUUGCUACAAUUUGGCUUUAUUGUGCAUGUUGCUGCCACCCACAGUGUUUAUUCUUUCUUGGCAUAGUUGUGACAGCAACAUUUCUAUACGUUGUUGAAUUAGGGAAAUAGCUGGAAUGAUACACCUGGCAACUUCAGGCAGGUACAGUAAUGUUAUUUAUGUGCUACAGCAGAGGUGAAGAGAGAAAGUACAAGUCUGCUGCUUCUGAUGCUGUAGGAGCUGUUUCUGGUGCCAUCAGUACCGUUCCUGGUGCUGUCUAUGCUGCCUUUGGUGCUGUCAGUGCUUUUCUGGUAAUAUAGAAGCUACAUUACAGGUCGCGCAGUCUUGUAAGAUAUGCCUGGGUUGUAAAAUUACAGUAAUUUCAGGCAUAUCAAGUUUGUGUAUAAAUAUGUUACACACGACAAGUGUAACUGUUUUACAGUGGUCUCUGUGGCAUAACUGUCUGAAUGGUGUAAUGCCCUCAGGAACCAUCACUGAUCCACAUUGUUGCUUAUAAAAAUCAAUCAACAAGCACCUGUGGAGUGACUAGCAUUUGAGCUGCUGUACUGAGUGGCUGUGACUUUGUCCUUUCUACACCAGUGAAAUGCGUCCAUCUUUGCACUUUUCUGCUGUCACAACAUUCUUCUCAUUUAGUUUGGGAGAAGCAGUAGGACUUUCGUUGACUAACUGCAAGUCUUCUUUAAAUGAAUUACAGGAAACAUGCCAACCAGCCACUCGCCGACUGCUAUGGGUAAAUGCAGAAAAGGAAAAUGCACAACCCAAAAAUGUGAAAGGAAAAUCAGGGAGGGUGGACAUGUCCCGAGACUCUGAUGGUGAUGGAAUCCCAGACUAUUUGGAUGAUGACGAUGAUGGUGAUGGUGUGCCGGAUGACAUGGACAAUGAUGAUGAUGGAGAUGGAAUACCAGAUGAUCAGGAGGUAGAUACAGAUGGAGAUGGAAUACCGGAUCAUCUUGAUGAUGAUGAUGACAAUGAUGGUAUCCUGGAUCAAGAUGAUGAUGAUGAUGGAGAUGGGAUACUAGAUGAUCAGGAGGUUGAUACAGAUGGAGAUGGGAUACCGGAUCAGCUUGAUGAUGAUGAUGACAAUGAUGGCAUUCCUGAUUUAGAUGAUGAUGAUGAUGGAGAUGGAAUACCAGAUGAUCAGGAGGUAGAUACAGAUGGAGAUGUACCGGAUCAUCUUGAUGAUGAUGAUGACAAUGAUGGCAUCGAUGAUCAAGAUGAUGAUGAUGAUGGAGAUGGAAUACCAGAUGAUCAGGAGGUUGAUACAGAUGGAGAUGGGAUACCGGAUCAUCUUGAUGAUGAUGAUGACAAUGAUGUCCCUGAUGAUCAAGAUGAUGAUGAUGAUGGAGAUGUACCAGAUGAUCAGGAGGUUGAUACAGAUGGAGAUGGGAUACCAGAUCAUCUUGAUGAUGAUGAUGACAAUGAUGGAAUCCUGGAUCAAGAUGAUGAUGAUGAUGGAGAUGGAAUACCAGAUGAUCAAGAGGUAGAUACAGAUGGAGAUGGGAUACCGGAUCACCUUGAUGAUGAUGAUGACAAUGAUGGCAUCCCCGAUGAUCAAGAUGAUGAUGAUGAUGGAGAUGGAAUACCAGAUGAUCAGGAGGUUGAUACAGAUGGAGAUGGAUACCAGAUCACCUUGAUGAUGAUGAUGACAAUGGAUGGCAUCCCCGAUGAUCAAGAUGAUGAUGAUGAUGGAGAUGGAAUACCAGAUGAUCAGGAGGUAGAUACAGAUGGAGAUGGGAUACCAGAUCACCUGAUGAUGAUGAUGACAAUGAUGCAUUCCGAUGAUCAAGAUGAUGAUGAUGAUGGAGAUGGAAUACCAGAUGAUCAGGAGGAUACAGAUGGAGAUGGGAUACCAGAUCACCUUGAUGAUGAUGAUGACAAUGAUGGCAUUCCUGAUUAUUUAGAUGAUGAUGAUGGAGAUGGAAUACCAGAUGAUCAGGAGGUUGAUACAGAUGGAGAUGGGAUACCAGAUACCUUUGAUGAUGAUGACGACAAUGAUGGAAUCCCUGAUGAUCAAGAUGAUGAUGAUGAUGGAGAUGGAAUACCAGAUGAUCAGGAGGUUGAUACAGAUGGAGAUGGGAUACCGGAUCACCUUGAUGAUGAUGAUGACAAUGAUGGCAUUCCUGAUUAUUUAGAUGAUGAUGAUGAUGAUGGAGAUGGAAUACCAGAUGAUCAGGAGGUAGAUACAGAUGGAGAUGGGAUACCGGAUCAUCUUGAUGAUGAUGAUGACAAUGAUGGCAUCCCCGAUGAUCAAGAUGAUGAUGAUGAUGGAGAUGGAAUACCAGAUGAUCAGGAGGUAGAUACAGAUGGAGAUGGGAUACCAGAUCACCUUGAUGAUGAUGAUGACAAUGAUGGCAUCCCCGAUGAUCAAGAUGAUGAUGAUGAUGGAGAUGGAAUACCAGAUGAUCAGGAGGUAGAUACAGAUGGAGAUGGGAUACCAGAUCACCUUGAUGAUGAUGAUGACAAUGAUGGCAUUCCCGAUGAUCAAGAUGAUGAUGAUGAUGGAGAUGGAAUACCAGAUGAUCAGGAGGUAGAUACAGAUGGAGAUGGGAUACCAGAUCACCUUGAUGAUGAUGAUGACAAUGAUGGCAUCCCUGAUGAUCAAGAUGAUGAUGAUGAUGGAGAUGGAAUACCAGAUGAUCAGGAGGUUGAUACAGAUGGAGAUGGGAUACCGGAUCAUCUUGAUGAUGAUGACAAUGAUGGCAUCCCUGAUGAUCAAGAUGAUGAUGAUGGAGAUGGAAUACCAGAUGAUCAGGAGGUUGAUACAGAUGGAGAUGGGAUACCAGAUCACCUUGAUGAUGUUGAUGGCGAUGGUAUACCAGACUACACUGAUGAUGAUGAUGACAAUGAUGGUAUUCCAGAUGAGGAUGAUGAAGAUUCUGAUGGAGAUGGUAUUCCAGAUGUUGAAGAAGUGGAUACAGACAGUGAUGGCAUUCCUGAUUAUCUGGAUGAUGAUGAUGAUAAUGAUGGUAUUCCUGACUCUCAGGAUACAGAUCGUGAUGGAAAUGGAAUCCCCGACUUUAUGGAAAGAGACACAGAUGGUGAUGGCAUUCCAGACUACCUGGAUGAUGAUGAUGAUAAUGAUGGAGUGCCUGACAUUCUUGAUAAUGAUGAUGAUGGUGAUGGCAUUCCUGAUGAUAAAGAAGACAUGGAUGGUGAUGGCAUUCCUGAUUACUUAGAUACUGAUGCAGAUGGGGAUGGCAAGCCUGACAACCUGCCUGACUCUGAUGGUGAUGGAACACCAGACAUUUUCGAUGAUGAUGAUGACAAUGAUGGCAUUCCAGAUAUUGAAGAAGAUACAGAUGGUGAUGGCAUACCCGAUUACUUGGAUGAUGAUGCCAAUGGUGAUGGAAUACCUGACAAACAGCAAGAUGCAGAUGGGGAUGGAAUUCCUGACUACUUGGAUGAUGAUGAUAACAAUGAUGGAAUAGUGGAUAAAGCUGGACAGUGCACAAAGGACAACUGUCCACCAGCUCCAAAGCCUGCUGUGACACCAACCAGAAAAAAGCCACCUAGAGAGAGUUCCUCCUUUUGGACCCGUAUGACCCGCCGUCUGCGACAGAUGGUGCAGGCAGCAAUGCAUCAAGGUAAAGCACAAGAUUCUCCACCAUCCUCCCCUAGCCCUAACCCUGUAGUUCAACAUCCCCAUGAAGAGACCUAUGACUUGCUUGACCUCAUACGCACACAAAUCUUUGGUGCAAAUGAUGACAAAAGUGAAGAUGAGGAUCACCCUGGAAAAACAGAAGUAAAUGCUGAAAUAUCCCUUGGUCCAAAGUUUUCUGUGGAAGGUAGCACUAUGAAGCACAACCCAAAGGGCCAACUAAAGUUCAGUUCAAAUCAUCGUGACCGGAACAAAUGUGCCAUCAAACAGGAACGCAAGUCAAAGACAGCCUCAUCAUCCACUGUUCAAGGAGAACAUCAGCACAAUAAACAACAAGACAAAGCUCAAAGCAUAAUAAUGUGGUAAUGUCCUCAAAAGAAGUCCAUGCCUUCAUAUAACUCACCUAGAAAACUGCUGGGAGAUGAACAUCUAAGACAAAGGCCAGUGUUUUGAAAAAGUCUUUUGAUGACAAAGGAAGGCCGCGGGCAGGACCACAGUUUACAAAAACUAUCCCUCAGCCUGAAAAAGCAAAUGCAAAAAACACAAAGCAAAUAAAAAUGGGUCUUAAUGGUCAAUAUCUCCCUCCUAAAGAGUCAAAUCAUCUACAGCCUAUAAAAACAGAUCAAAAUAUCAAACAAGCCUUGAAAAAAGACACAAAAAUCACAGACCCUAUGGCGACUAACAAAAGAGUAAAAAAUCUUACAAUCCCACAGCCCAUAAAAGUUCUUAAACAGUCUCCAAAGACCGACACAAAAAUCCUACAGCCUAUGCAUCAAACAGUCUCUAAACCACCAACAGCAAAUAACAUAGUAACAGAACCACCUUCUGCAGGGCGCAAAGUAGUGACUUCACAAGUACGUCAAAAGGCCCCUCAGCCACCACAGAUGGGUACAAAAUCUGCUCUUCCUACAAAGUCUAGUCCCAAGAUUAUACAAUCUCAAAAACCCAAAGAUGACUUGACAUCACAUACCAGACCCAAGUAAUAGCAAGUAGGUCUGGAUCAGCCUCUACCUGCUAGAACCUGGAAUGUGUGGUCACACUAAAAAACUUUGACUUCAAUGAUACUGUUAUAGUUUACAUUCCCAUAUCCCUCUCUUUGAAAAUCAAACCUGUUAAAGCUGCUUUUGCCACAGGGAUGUGUGCAAUAUCUUACUGACACAUUUAUGCACCGUGUGCCUUCAAAAAUUAUGAAAAUGGUUAUCAUCUUCUAAAAAAAAUCCUUGCUGCCAUGCACAAGCAUCAUAAUCAAAGCUUAAUUUUCUUAGUCAAGAAUUUGCUGGAAAAUCAUAAAUUAUGUAAAUGAAUUUUACUGAUUCCAUGUGUGCCUUAUUUUACUGAUUCCAUGUGUGCCUUGAAUUGAAAUGAACAUAGGUCGCCAUAUCAAACCCUCCAGAAUGUUGAUGUGUUUUUUUUAAUGUAAAUUCCAGAAGUUUUUGUAAUCAUAUUUGUGUCCUCAGCAGCGUAUUGUGGCAUCAUUUCAACUGGUCUUGUAUUUGAUGUUAUCAGUAGCGUAUUGUGGCAUCAUUUCAACUGUCUUUGUAUUGAUAUACCAGACAAUGCUGUGUAAUCUUUACUUGUCAUCUUUAGAUUAAUUUGUGUGAGAAUCACACAGUUUUUUAUUUUCCUAAAUCAUGCCAAUAUGAACCUGCAUGACCUGUGUGGUUAGGUAAGUAAGUAGCAACCAGCAAACAUGCAAGAUUCAGCCAAGCUUGGUAGCUGGUGUGUAGGAAAAGAGUUACUAUAUCAUUCUUUUGCAUCCUUGUAGACUGUUCAUGUGACAGGGAUACUCAUAAUUAUCUGGUCUGGGCAGAUGAAUAGAAAUGGUUACUGGGAAAAUAAUCAAUACCUGUUCUGAGCAUUAGUCUUUGACUCCCACUGCUGGUACUGACACUGACCUAAACUGCCCAGUCAAGAUGUCAAUAGAUGUCAGUAGAUAUGGUCUAUGUAGUUUAUCUAUGUAUCCAUGUAGGUUGGCUAGUAGAUAUUAUUUAUGUAGGUUUGUGAUUGCAAGUGGACAUGUUAACCAGGCAAUAUGAUCUAUGUAGGGUACAUUGCGAAGAACGCUCAUCAAGGGUCAUGGCAGUCAUCUUUAGCCAUUUGUUUGCUGUGUCUAGUGAACUUGUAAACACUAGUACCUAUUAUAAACAUUGACAAAGGGUUGCGAUUGUAGUGACAUCAGCAUCAAUUAUGAUGCAUAUUUCAUGUUAGUUGUGAUGAGACAUGUACAAUGAUUUCUGAUGUAAAUUUGUGAUAUAAUGUAUAAAGUGGCUUGACAUCUAGGCACAUGUGGAAUGCUCUAUGUUUAUAAAUAAUUGAUAG